UACGGAAAAAUCCAGUAACGACUACGAGGUCGGGCACCGAGCCGAGUUGGAAGGAAAAGGCGCUUCAUCUGCGGGUGGCAGCACGGAGGAAGCUACGGAAGCUACGAAAACCCUAAUCGAAAUGCAAAAGGAGGCAUUACAAUGGCGAGACCAGAAAAGGAGGACGACAAUGGCUGGUCGUACCAACGAACCCCCCUCAAAAAAACAGGAAAAAAUUGCUCUAACAGGCUCAGCAGAAACACUAAGGUUAACGGCCAAUAUCGGGGCUUAUUGGGCAUUUAUGAAGCGCCUUGCCCCGAAGAUCCGUCAGUGGCAUAGGGAUGCAUACUGCGGUUCUAUAUUUCAGCACUACAUUUUGUUUGGGGCUCCUGCGGCUGAUCGGCCCACCCUUGAGCUGCUGCUGAGCUUUUUCGAUAGAGAUAAUAACACCUUUUGUAUACCUGAUUCAAAAAGUGGGGGUAUGAAAAAUGUUAGUUUUGAUUUGCAAUGGGUCCACAACCAUACUUAUUUCCCAAUUUAUGGGGAGGACAUAAGGAACAAUAGGGACUCAAGAAGCAGAAUAUGGCUGGAAUACUUCGCUAAGCUUUUCAUUUCUGAAGAGGGUAAGAAGUUAAAAAAAUCAGAAACCAGCCAACGUAAACAUCUUGAAGGGCUACUUGAACGGCUUGUUGAAUCUACCAAAAAGCGGGAUAUCGAGGAUUUUGCUCUGCUACAAAUUUUGUACCAAUGCUCUAUGAUAUGGAGUCCCAUAGCAGGGGAAGGUAUCCCUAGACCCUUACUCAGAUACCUGGAUAGCAUUCAGAGGGUCAAUUCUGUUGCAUGGGCCCCGUUCUUUUAUAAUGAAAUUAUCAGGGGCAUUGGAGUUGCUUUGGAGGGAAAGAAGAAGCAAAAGGUCGCAUAUGUCCCAGGUUGCAUGACACUAUUGUGUCUUUGGUACUACGAGAUGACAGGCAUAAAGAAAUAUGCCCUCUUAUACACCUCUAGACCUCCAAUGACAAAUUGGGCAUCAGGGGAGGAGAGAAUCGCAUCUAUGAGGAUGCCGAUAAUUAUUUCAAAGGCUAAGUCAGCGUCAAUAACAUUUGUCCAUAGGCCUAUUGCGGAGUGGAAGCUGAUGUUUGUUCCCGAUUAA